AUGAGUGGUGACCGGGAGAAGCAAUCGCAGGAUCAGUCGUCUCGUCUUCACCACCACGACCAGGAUGUUGGCGGUGCUAGCCAUGAAUCUGUGGAGGAAGCAGUGUUCAAGUACGUUGGGGUAGGUUUGCAGCACGACGAUGAAGGCAAAUCGAAGAAAUCGUUCGAUGACAAGGGGGAUGUUAACGACGGUGGAAGUAAGUCGCAUACAGAUAUGGAGUGGCUGUUUAGAAAUGCUCAAAGCGUCGAGGAUGAAGGACCACAGGAUGGCCCAAGCAGGGAGCGCCACUCUGUGGCUUUGGCAGCUGUGGCAGCAGCAUACGCUGCCGGUGGACCGUUGGGGAAAAGAGGACUCGAGAAGGAUGCGGAAGAUGAGAUGGUUGGGAAGGAGGAUCACCAAAAUGGCAGUAAGAAAAUGAAGUCCAAUAAGGCCAAGUUGCAAUUGGCGGUGGAUCCCGAGUUAGCUACGCUGGAUGAUUCGGAUGUCACGGAACAUGAUCAGCUGGUCCGCAAAGCUAUCAUCGACACAGAUUCGAUAGCGCAACAUCCUGAUUUCCAGCAGUAUCUGCGCACGGAGGAGGACGCUCAUAAGUUGAAGGACUCGCAGAAGUUGAGGGACAAAUCUAGCUCUUCAGAUGACGAUUCUAAAGGGCUCGAAGACGUCGAUCCGUCGGUGGUGGCAGCAAAUCACUCCAGGACGCAUGACGACGAGCUUGCUGACGUCACUAAGCAGUACUCAGAGCUGCAGAAGGAAUCAGGUAUUGACGGACCAGUUACGAAAUCCUUGCAGAAAAAGGAUUACCGCGAAGUUUUACCCAAGGUGAUGUCGUCGUCGGAGAUUUCUGUGGAUUCGGAUGUGACUCAUUUGAUCCAGUCUGCGGCAUCAAAGGCUUCUGCGAUCAUAGGCAGCACAACGCAGUCAAGUGGUAAGUCCUUUGACAGCGUGGAGGAAGCCGCUUUGGAACAGUUCAUCACGGAAUAUCAAACUAUUAAGAACCUGAAUAGACAGCAGAUCUGUGAGAGAAUCUGGAGUAACGAGCGCCGUAAGGAUGAUUUUUGGAGCAACAUGUGCAAGGUUCUGCCUUACAGAUCAAGAUCGUCAAUCUACAAGCAUGUCCGCCGCAAGUACCAUAUCUUUGAGCAACGUGGUAAAUGGACUGCUCAGGAAGACAGGGAUCUGGCCCGCUUGUGUGUUGAGAAGGAAGGUCAAUGGUCCGAGGUCGGUAAGGCUCUAGGCAGAAUGCCCGAAGAUUGUAGAGAUCGCUGGAGAAACUAUGUUAAGUGCGGUGCCAAUAGGGCAUCUAACAAGUGGUCGCAGGAUGAAGAGGAAUUGUUGAAGAGAGUAAUAGCUGAGAUGCUGAAAGAAUCUGAACGAAACUAUGAGGCUCGCAAUUCCAGUGAACUGGUGCAUGACAGCGACCAUGCGGAUGAUAGCAAUGAUGAUCAAAAAUCCAGUAUUUUAAACGGUGGCAAGGGAAGGAAACCAAGCAACAAGCCAUCUUUCAAAGAUGCCAUUAACUGGACCGUGGUCAGCGAACGCAUGGGAGGUACUAGGUCCCGUAUUCAGUGCCGUUAUAAAUGGAAUAAGAUCGUAAAGAAGGAGGCCAUAGCUAAGAUUCAAUCGAUCACAGAACAUGAUAAACUUUGGAUUUUGGAGAAACUGAGGGACUUAGGCUUCACGGAGGACUCUCAGGUCGAUUGGGAAGAAUUGGCCGCUUUGAAACCCGGAACGACGACAUGGACUGGAACGGAAUUGAAGCUUUGCUACGAAAGGAUGAGGAGUGGGGUUAGAUAUUACAAACAGAAAUCGAUCAAUGAAAUAGCCAAGGAAUUGUUGGGAUUAUUGGACGGGACCAUUCCUUUGGACUCUAAAGAUAAUUGA